AUGGCUUCGAAACUCUCCGCCGAGCUUCACCUGGUUGACGCCGAGGGGACAGUGGCGGGCUUCUCCCGUGGAAGACGAGGGGGAUGGAUCACCAUUCCUUACAUCCUCGGUCUCUCUCUCUCCCUCUCUCCCUCUCUCUCACCACUCCCAAACCAAUUCUCUUAGGGGAACUUUUGAUCCGCAGGGAGUACGAUGGGGAUGUCUGUGGCGACGUUCGGGGCGACCUCCAACCUCAUCGUCUACCUCAUUGAGGAAUAUAAAAUUAAGAGCAUCGACGCCGCUCAGAUAUUCAACAUCAUCAACGGAUGCACCAACCUCGCCCCCAUCGUCGGCGCCGUCAUCUCCGACUCCUUCGGCUGCUUCGUCGUCGUCGCCGCCUCCUCCGUUCUCUCUCUUCUGGUGCUCCCCCCCUCGAACCUCCAUCUUUUCGCUCAAAUAUGCUUAAACAGUACCUUCCAACAACCGCAGGGAAUGGCUCGAUUCACGUCGACGGCCACGGCCGGCGCGCUGAGGCCGCCGCCGUGCCAGGGGGGAUCCUCCGCCGCAUGCAGAGAGCCCUCGGCGGGCCAGAACGCGCUCCUCUACACGGCGGUGACACUGCUCUGCAUGGGCGCCGGGGGGACGCGCUUCAACAUGGCGACGAUGGGGGCGAACCAGUUCGACAGACCCGCCGACCAGAGCACCUUCUUGAACUGGUACUUCUUCGUCAUGCCCGUAGGAGCCAUUAUCGGCUCCAUCGUCGUCGUCUACGUGCAGGACAACGUCAGCUGGGGAUGGGGGUUCGGCGCGUGCGCCGCCACCAGCGCCGCCGGCGUCGCCGCCUUACUGCAGCGCCGUGCCUGAGAGGAACCCCCCUACUGGGUCUCGCCCGGGUACUGGUGGCGGCGGGAAGGAAGUGGAGAAACGCGGCACCGCCUGAAAGCAGCACGGAGUACUACCAUGGCGGCUCCGGCGAGGGGAAGCUGAAGCUUCAAGCUCCGACACCUGGCUUCGGGUGCGAAUCUCCUUCUUCGGAUUCAAGCUUCUGCAUUAUCUCUAUUUCCUUGUGGAUUACGACACUCUCCGAGAUUUUAUCUAGUCAAUGGCCGGGCCCGGGUUAGAGAGAGAAAACCUCCUGAAGUUAGACCGGGCGCUGCUCUGUUUCUUUCUACUCAAAGGAGGAGAUGUCUUGGGGAUGACAGAUUCUUGAACCGGGCUGCAACAAAGAGGGAAGGGGAGGUCAACCCCGACGGCAGCGUGGCGAAGCCAUGGAGUCUGUGCACUGUGGACCAGGUGGAGGACCUCAAGGCGGUGCUCAGGAUCCUCCCCCUCUGGUCAACCUCCAUCCUCCUCAGCACCUCCAUCGGCAUCCUGCUCGCCCUCACCGUCCUGCAAGCUCUCUCCCUCGACCGCCACAUCGGCCACCGCUUCUUCCUCCCCGCUGGGUCCCUCGUCGUCUCUACCCUCUCUGCCUGCGCUGUCUCCAUCGCCCUCCUCGACCGCUGCUUCUAUCCCGCCUGGUUCAAGCUCCUCGGCCGGCCCCUUACGCCGCUGCAGCGCGUGGGUGUUGGGCACGUCGUCAACGCGACCGCCAUGGCGGCGGCGGCGCUGGUGCAGCGAAGGUGCGUCGCCGUCGCACAGUACCUCGACCUGGUUCAUCGGCCGGGGGCCAUCUUGCCCAUGACCGUGCUCUGGCUGCUGCCGCCGCUGCUGGUGUUGGGAAUGGGGGAUGUUUUCCAUUUCCCCGGCCAGGUGGCACUGCACUACCAGGAGUUCCCGGAGUCUCUGAGGAGCUCGGCGACGGGGAUGAUGGGACUGGUGGUGGCGGCAGGGUUCUACCUGAGCACGGCGGUGGUCGACCUGGUGCGGAGGGCGACCGACUGGUUCCCGGACAACAUCAACGCCGCUAGGUUGGACAGGUUUUACUGGACCUUGGCGGCGGCCGGAGUUGUCAACCUGGGUUACUUCAUCCUCUGCGCUAGAUUGCACGAGUACAGAGACUCCGUCGCGAGCAGCACCGUCACCGCCGCCGCCGAUGUAGUGAGUCGAGCUCCGACGAUUACGGGAGAGGGACGGCUUCCAUGGACUGUGCUGCAUAAUGUCGUGUUCUCCGUUCUAAGCUUAUUCUUGGUGUAA